UAAUGACCAUCCUGGUUCAGAGAGGCUCUGAUUGUGUAACACAUUAGUGUUGGGCAGCAGAGGAGGAAGGUUCAGAGGCCGGGGUGCUUUUAUUCUGAAAGAAUGGGAUUGAUUUCUUUUGUCUAACUUUGGAACCUUUACAUAAACAGUCCGUUCUUUCUGCUUCUCUGGGAUUAUUGGUGUACUUCCGUUUUGAGCUUGAUUAUUCAAAAAAAAUCAAUUUUUUGUGUUUUUGUCAAUUUUCCGCCGCACAUCCAUCCAUCACAGCCUACAACAACAACAACAACAGCAUCGAGCUGAGAGGAGAGCAGCUCGUCGCGCGCGCGGCGGCGGCAGCCAAUCAGCGGCCUGGUUUCUCUUCAGCAUCUCUGAGGGCUUCAACCAUCGGCUGGACUCGAGCGCAGGCGGCGGGGAGGAAAGACACCUGAAGGCUUCUCGACGCGCUAAGAUGGUUUUGUGAAAUCGAGAGCGCGCUGGAGGAUUGCGUCACCAGCACAAGGAGAAAACAAAAGUCAGAGAAUCUUACCACGUCACUGAAGGAACCUAAAUCCCGCUCGAUGAUGGCAGACCAGAAAGACACUAUAGAGGACUUUAAGGUGCAGACGGCCAAGCACCCGAACGCCGGAUCAGUAGCGUUACGGCCACACAGCGAACACUCCAAAGACCGGACGUCCAAAAGGCUUUCAACUGAGUCCAAUGGAACCAGUGAUGGAGGCGCCGGCUCCUCCACGCCGGUCGAGUUGACCGCUCUGGAGGAGUCCUUUCGGCGGUUUGCCAUCCACGGAGACACCCGCGCCACCGGCAAGGAGAUGCACGGCAAGAACUGGUCCAAACUCUGCAAAGACUGCGGCGUGAUCGACGGCAAGAACAUCACCCUUACUGAUGUGGACAUCGUCUUCAGCAAAGUGAAGAAGAAAACGUGCCGCACCAUCACCUACGACGAGUUCAAGGCUGCGCUCGGAGAGCUGGCCAGGAAGAAAUACAAAGACAAGUCGGGGGAAGACGCCGAGGCGGAGGUCUUUAAGCUGAUCGAAGGGAAGGCGCCGGUCAUCGCCGGAGUCACGAGAGCCGUGGCCUCCCCGACCGUGAGCCGCCUGACGGACACCACCAAGUUCACCGGCUCGCACAAGGAGCGCUUCGACGAAACCGGCCGCGGCAAAGGGAAGGCCGGCCGGGUAGACAUAGUUGACACUUCCGGAUACGUCUCCGGAUACAAGCAUCGAGGGACGUAUGAGAAGAAAGUGAACAAACCCACAGAAGGUCGACCCAUGUGAGGGCAAAGACUACAGGAGGAUUUUCUAUUAAAAAAAACAUACUCAGAAAGCACAAAAGGUUUCAUAUAUUUUCCCGCUCAUCUAUUGUGUUUUUUUUUUUUUUCGUCUUUUUGAGGAGUUCUUCUCUUUGUGUAAGAACUGGAAAAAUGUUUACAUCUAUUUUUACAAAGUCGUCACCAGCUGGUACAUUCCUGUCUGAUAGCAAGUGACUGCCAAAACACCGAGAAGAACAAAUGCAACUGCUAUGCCAUGAGUAUUCAGUCUGUUAUGAUAGGGCCUUAUGUUUAUCGAGCACAAUGAACAACAUGCCAAGAAACGCAGAAGCAUUGCAACCGUCUGAUGAAUUAGCAACAUUGCACUUUUUAAUAGAAACAUUUUUACGACCAUAUUUAGAUGCAUUACAUUUUUCAGCACCUGAGGCGUUUUUAAUCCGCUUUUUGGCACACAGGUGAUUGAUGUUUGCGUCAAAACGCCUAUUUCAUACCAAGCAUUGUUGCACUAUUGCUUAAAAAACCCUGUUGUUCAGUUUUUAAUAAGGUCACUGGAGCAGAAAGUCUUAUUUAUUUGAAAACUUUAAAAGGGAUCGCUUUUAGGGUUCAUUUUUUCUUUUACAUACACAAACAAAAAUUAGGACUUUUUCAAAAUAAAAAUAAAAAAUGCCUUUUUGCUCAACAUAUCUGUGUUAGCUUGUGUUUAAAUGUGUCAUAUAUUCUUUAUGUCAAAAAAAUCCAUCCCUUCACGAAAAGUGUAAAAAGUCUUUUAAUUCUGAUAAAAGUGUUAACUCUCCAACAAAAGGAAACGUUAUUAGAUUGUGUUUUUUAACAUUUCCUCUUCAGACUAAAAUUGAUCUACUUUGUGGCACGACUGUAAAUAUUCAAGCCUAAUUUAAAACACUGGUUCUGUGUUUUUAUUUUCUCCUGUGAUGUGUUUUUUUUUUUGCAUGUUCUGAAUAUAUUGUUUCAUGAUGAUGGAGCAUCAUCUUUCUCUCUGAAACUGCUGUGCCAGACUAACAACUUUUGUGCUUAUUAAGAUGUCAUGGGUGAUAAAAUCUUGUGUUGCUUGAAGUCGCUGUUUGCAAAGUAAAUUAACCUUGAAUGCUACUCUUUAUUUGUCUGUACCUUUAAUGUUUAACCGACGAAGCAGGGUUUUUAUGUUUAUUUACAUCCACAUGAAAGGAGAAACAAAGAAGCCACUUUUGUAAGAUAUUUUUCCAAGAUAACAGUUUCUUGUGUUACAGGCCUGUAGCCUCAGCCGACGAAGAGUCAUGCAUCAAAACUAGCAGCUCGGUGUGUUUUUGUGGCUGCUGCAGUCGCCGGAGUAUCGUUACUGUGCUUCAAAUGAUGUGCACCGUUAUUGUGGAGAAACAAAAGUCCUUUCUAACAUGCUUAUUGUGACCCAGUGCAUGCCGUGUUUCCGCGUUUGUCCAGAUUUCUCCAGGUGUGUUCAUGAUUUAUAGUGCAUUAUUCAAAAAUAAAGAAGUUCCAACAUG